CAAUCUCUUCGGGGAGAACCGGAGUCCAACACGGAAGCGCCCGAGCGGGGAGCGGGGUCUUCAGCUGCGGACGUGCCGCGGGACCUUCUGGCAGGAUGACUGUGGGAAUCUUUGCAAAUUGUACCUUCUGUUUGAGAGUUAAGUACUUACCUCAUCAGCAGAAGAAAAAGCUGCAAACCAACAUUAAGGAGAAUGGUGGAAAAAUUUCCUUUUCGUUAAAUCCUCAGUGCACACAUGUGAUCUUAGAUAAUGCUGAUGCCCUGAGUCAGUAUCAACUGAACUACUUCCAAAAGAACCACAUUCAUACGGCAACUCCAGAUUUCAUAUGGCAGUCUGUCAAAGAAAGGAAACUCUUGGAUUUGAAGGAUUAUGAUCCUGCUGAGUCACAAGACAUUGUGCCACCUCCUGAUCACAAGAUGAGCUAUUCUGAAGUGAAAACAGAUGAUCUCACCCUGGACAUUGCCCCAGAGGAAGAAAUCGUGGAAAUAACUGAGUUUUGCGCAGAGAAUGUUGAAAUUCCUUAUUUUUCUCAAGAAUUUGAAAUUGCAAAAUAUAACACCUUGGAAAAAGGAGGAGCAGACAGAGGCCAGGAAACGGUGGUGGUAGAGCUGCAGUGUGCCCAGGAGCCGGGAGACAGUCCUUUUCUGAUAUCCGCCCACUUCCUGCUGGCUGAUGGCAUGCAGACUAGAAGAGAGUUCACUGUAAAGAAGACCUCUGCAGAUGCAAGUGAAUAUUAUGAAUACUACAUUGAAGAGUUGAAGAAACAAGGAUUUCUGCUCAGAGAACAUUUCACACUUGAAGCAACCCAGUUAGCAUCUGAAAAAUUGCAAGCAUUGCUUUUGGAGGAGGUCAUAAACUCAAGCACUCUGAGCCAAGAGGUGAGCAGUUUGGUGGAAAUGAUUUGGGCAGAAGCUCAAGGCCACCUGGAGCACAUACUUCUCAAGCCUAUGAACAAGAUUAGCCUCAAUGAUGUGAGCAAGGCAGAGGGGAUUCUUCUUCUGGUAAAGACAGCACUGAAAAAUGGAGAAACAACAGAACAAUUGCAAAAGAUGAUGACUGAGUUCUACAGAUUAAUACCUCACAAGCAAGCAGCAACCAAAGAUAUUAACCUGAGACUGUUAGCCAAGAAAGAAGACCUCUGCCAGCUAAUAAGAGACAUGGUUAACGUCUGUGAAACUCAUUUGUCCAAACCCAACCCACCAUCUCUUGCCAAAUACCAAGCUUUAAGAUGCAAAAUUGAGCAUGUUGAACAGAACACUGAAGAGUUUUUGAGGAUUAGAAAAGAGAUAUUGCAGAAUAAUCACAGUGAAACUCCAGUAGACAUCUUGCAGAUAUUUAGAGUUGGCAAAGUGAAUGAAGCCACAGAGUUUUUGAGCAAACUUGGCAACGUAAGGUCCUUGUUGCACGGAUCUCCUGUUCAGAACAUUGUAGGAAUCUUAUCCCGAGGGUUGCUUUUACCCAAACUCGUUGAAGAUCGUGGAGUGCAAAGAACAGACAUUGGAAAUCUGGGGAGUGGUAUUUAUUUCAGUGAUUCACUCAGUACAAGCAUUAAGUACUCACCCCCAGCAGAGACAGAUGGCUCCAGAUUCCUGAUCAUCUGUGAUGUGGCCCUCGGAAAGUGUGUGGACUUAUUCAAGAAGGACUUCUCCUUAACUGAUGCACCUCUGGGCUAUGACAGUGUGCACGGAGUUUCACAAACAGCCUCUGUCCCUACAGACUUUGAGGAUGAUGAAUUUGUUGUCUAUAAAACCAAUCAAGUUAAAAUGAAAUAUAUUAUUAAAUUUUGCAUGGCUGGAGAUCAAAUGAAAGACUUUCAUCCUCAAGAUUAUAGUGAAUUAGAGGGAUACAGACCUGAGUUUUUGAAUACGUUAAGGAUUGAUGAUUACCAGUUACCAGACCCUAAGCCUUCCAGCAGCGUCAAGGCCGGCCUUCAGGAUGCUUCUGGAAAUUUGGUUCCUCUUGAGAGUGUUCACAUCAAGGGGAGAAUAAUAGACUUUGUAGCCCAGGUCAUAGUGUUUCAGACAUACACAAAUCAAAGUCAUGUGCCCAUUGAGGCAAAAUAUAUCUUUCCUCUGGAUGACAAGGCAGCCGUGUGUGGCUUUGAGGCAUUCAUCAACGGGAAGCACAUAGUGGGUGAGAUUAAGGAGAAGGAAGAAGCCCAGCGAGAGUACCGAGCAGCUGUCAGCCAAGGCCAUGGCGCAUAUCUGAUGGAUCAGGCUGCACCGGAUGUUUUUACUGUAAGUGUUGGAAACUUACCCCCAAAGGCUAAGGUUCUCAUCAAAAUUACCUACAUUACGGAACUCAGCAUUCGAGGCCCAGUUGCUGUCUUCUUCAUGCCUGCCUCUGUGGCGCCCUGGCAACAGGACAAGGCUUUGAAUGAAAACCUUCAGGAUGCCAUAGAGAAGAUUUGUAUAAAGGAAACAGGAACAAAGCAAAGCUUCUCUUUGACUGUGUGUAUUGAGAUGCCAUACGUGAUUGACUUCAUUUCCAGUGAUACACAUGAAUUGAAACAAAAGCGCACAGACUGCAGAGCUGUAAUUAGCACCAUGGAAGGGAGCACCUUAGACAGCAAUGGAUUUUCUCUCCACAUCGGUUUGUCUAAUGCGUAUCUCCCAAGAAUGUGGGUUGAAAAACAUCCAGAAAAAGAAAGUGAGGCUUGCAUGCUUGUCUUUCAACCUGAUCUCGAUGCCACCCUCCCUGGCCCAGCCAACAAAAAUGAAGUGGUUAUUUGUCUUGAUUGCUCCAAUUCCAUGGAGGGUGUAACAUUCACACAAGCCAAGCAAAUUGCCUUGUAUGCACUGUCCUUGGUGGGUGAGGAACAAAAAGUAAAUGUCGUCCAGUUUGGCACAAGUUACAAAGAGUUAUUUUCAUAUCCUAAGCACAUCACAAACAGCAAUGUGCCAACAGAGUUCAUUAAGUCUGCUACACCUACCAUGGGGAACACAGACUUCUGGAAAACACUCCGAUACUUGGGUUUACUGUACCCUUCUCAAGGAGUCCGGAAUGUCCUCCUCAUAUCUGAUGGGCACCUCCAGAAUGAGAGUCUGACACUGAAGCUUGUAAAGAGAAAUGUCCUCCAUACCAGGCUGUUCACCUGUGGGACUGGUCCUACAGCCAAUCGUCACGUCUUAAGGAACUUGGCCCAGUGUGGUGCUGGAGUGUUUGAAUACUUUAACUCAAGAUCCGAACACAGCUGGAAAAAACAGAUAGAAGACCAAAUGAAUAGGUUACAUUCCCCAAGUUGCCACUCUGUCUCCAUCAAAUGGCAGCAACUUAGUGCAGAUGCACAGGAGCCCCUGCAGGCCCCAGCCCAGGUUCCGUCCUUGUUCCACAAUGAUCGACUCCUUGUAUAUGGAUUGAUUUCUCAUUGCAUGCAGGCAACUCUGUGUGCACUAAUUCAAGAGAAGGAAAUUUGUUCAAUGGUUUCAACUACUGAGCUUCAGAAGACAACUGGGACUAUGAUUCACAAGUUGGCAGCGAGAGCACUCAUCCGAGAUUUUGAAGACGGCAUUCUCCACAAAGAUGAAGCCAACCACGAGAUGAAGAAACAAAUUAUGAAAUCUCUGAUUAUUAAACUCAGUAAAGAAAACUCUCUCAUAACACAAUUUACAAGCUUUGUGGCAAUUGAGAAAAGGGAUGGUAAUGAGUUGCCUUUUCCUAAUACUCCAAAUAUUUUGGAAUUGAUUGACAAAGAAGAUGUAGACUUUCUGCCAUACAUGAGUUGGCAGGAGGAGCAAGAAGAGGCUGACAUGAUGCAGCCUCUUUCAGCAUUCCCGGAAUGGGAUGAAAAGCUGCAACUUAAAGGUUUGGCUAAAAGAAGACUUUGGUUAUCUACCCCGAAAGAUUCUGAAGAUUUUGAAGAGAUGGUCUUAGGUAUGGAAGAGGUGGUACAACCUGUUGCCCUGGAGUCUCAAAGCAGAGAUGUGGAAAACCUGUUGGAUUUGGCUGAGAUGGAUUCACCCAGACAAGACGGAUUUAAAGCACCAUCAGAGACAGCCAGCCGAAAACAAAAGGCUGCGUCCACCUCUCUUUUUGCACCCCCACUUUUGGCUGUCCCUAAUACCCAUUCUUUUUCCUUCUCUUCUUCCAAUGUCCGUCCUCAGGCUUUCGGUUUUUCUGCACCUCCCAGACAGUUUGGACAAUCUAGGAGCAGCCAUGGCCUUGAGCUUGACGCUGUUCCCAGCAUCUCCCUUAAGGGGCUGCCUCAUCUUUCCAAGCCAUCUUCCCUCCUUGAUCGUCGUGCUCCCCUAGCUGGCUCAAUGGGCUCAGCACAGUUUGAUCCAUGCAAAUUUUAUCCAGGUUCUGAAAACAGCCUUUUUCCUGUUGUCUCCUCUGAGCUGGCCUUUCCCCGUCCUCCUCCAUUUUUUUCUCUUGGCUCUACCACAGGCAUAAUGUCUGGCGGACCAUACAUUCCCCAUCGUCCCUCUCUUCAGAGUUCCCUAUGCGCUCGGGGUGCCCAUUACAGUCUGACAGAGCCUCUCCUUGAAGAGGCAUCUUGCCAGCCAGAUAGGUUUGACAGAAUUUCAGUGUGUUCUUUCCAAGAAGAUCUUUGCGAUGUGCCACAUUGUGAAAGUUAUUUUGAGGCCUUGGUGGAGAGCUCAGCGUUAUGUAGUGCACCUCCUGUUCCCAAGGCCCAGCUUUCUAGAAGCAAAGAAGCAAAAGGGAAAAAUAUAGGAGGAAGUUUGUUUGGAACAGAAAGUAAUAAAACACCAGCAAGAAUUCUGGCAUAUAAGUCUUUAAAAAGGAAGAAGAAAAGUGUCAUGUCCUUAAACUCUCCAUUAGAAGAUGAGGGUGGCACAGUCCACCAGGCCAGUGGGAAGAACUCUGUGCUGUGGGCCGCACUCUUCAGUCUACAAACUAAGGAUGGUUUCUGGAAACUUACACCAGAAUUAGGACAGAUAUUAAACCUUAACACAAAUGUUUUACAUGACUUCCUUGAACAAAAAGGAAUUCGAUCUCUAGGUGUAAAAGGAAGAGAAUGUCUCCUGGACCUGAUUGCCACAUUGCUAGUACUACAGUUUCUUCGCACCAAGUUGGAACAAGAGGAACUAAUCUUCAAAUCUUUGAUGAAAUUGGAUGACCCUUACAUUUCCAGUUGUGUGGUUAUUCCCUGGGACUGUGAGGCAGUGAAGAAAGCAAGUGCCUGGGCCAGAAGAAUGGAGAGGCGAUAUGCAUCCAUCUGCCACCGACUGGAGCUGGGCGAGGACUGGGACACAGCCACUAAGCAGCUACUGGGAAUUCAGCCCCCAGCCAGUUCUUCUUCCCUGCACUGUGUUCUGUAUCCUGGACAAGGCUGAAUCCAGUGAAGUUACGUUUUAAACUUUUCUCGUGCUUCUAUGGCAAAAAUAAUCAAGUAUUACUAGGUAUCUAUAAUGACAUUUAGCUGUGAUUUUACUCAGUGCAGCAAUCAGUUCCUCUAGUAUAAAGUAAAUGGAAGCAGAUUUUAUCUUUUUUUUUGGAACCGGGGAUCAAACUGGGGUCCUUGCACUUGCGAGGCAGGCGGCGGAACCACUGAGCUAAAUCCUUGGCCAGAAUUUAUCAUUUUAAUCAACUAACAAAAUAAAAUGAAGAUUGUAAUAUUAGA